GCAGCAGCAGUCCUCUCCUUUAUUGGAGGCAUUGUCCUCUUUGUCUGUGGAGCAUGGGUCGCGCAAUCGUUUUACGGCGGAUAUAUCGACGGAUUGGUCGACGCAGCUGUAUGUUGAGACGCAUAACAAUUAGACCGAGGCUGACUGAAACAGCGCUGUGCUGGGGGGGUUUCUCAAUGCGUUGAUGCUCUCUGCGACUCAGAAAUACUUAGAACUCGAAUUCGGACCUGGACGAUAUCCUCAUCCCAUUCAUGCCUUCGUUCAGUUCCUUAGUAUGGUCCCGGCUGGGGCGGUGGUUAUCACAUGUCAUACUUUGCGUACCUCAUCUCGACAAUGCGUGGUAAGAGUCGAGUUAUCCCGGAAUAUCGAGUCUCAAUCGCCCACCACAGUGGCCAUCAUCACCUGCGGUGACCUCUCCAAGGAAAAGGGCGUCUCGCAGGAUACCAGGCCCGUUAUCACGACACUCCCGAACAGACACACAGAAUGCGUUCCUAUCGACGACCCGGUGGUCGAUGCUACACCUGUGACGCGGCAGUUGCACUGGAUUGCCCCUAAUGCCAACGGUCUCUGGGGUCACCGGCUAGGAGGUCAUUAUCGCGAGGUCUGGUUGUCACCAAGAGACGGAUCGAAGAUGUCUAGCGUUUUUCACCUGGCAGUCAUGACGGAUAUGCCGCUGCAGCCUCCGGCCACGCAUGAACUAGGGUUCUACACGCGAUACGCACUGUCCACGCUCUGCUUAUCAGUCGAGUUCAAGAAGAUUCCGCAUUCUGAUACGCGGUGGGUGAUGACGCGAUCGCAUUCGAAUAAGGUGUCCAACGGCCGAUACGACGUGAAUGUGCAGAUUCUCGACGAGUCUGGGGAGCUGUUGGCUCUGAGUAACCAUGUGGUGUAUAUUGUUCCGCUUCGACCUCCGCCAAAGCCCAAAGCUUCGAAGAUGUGAUAUCUAUUUGGGGGAGGAAAGAGAAACUUGUACAUAUUCUUACUGUAACAUAUUUGUAUUCAACACCGUAGCGCGGGAGCUAGCAAUGGCAUAUAACUCUAGCAAAUACAUCGUCAUCGGUAGGCAUGAGCCCCAGGCUGGGGCUCCGGAUGAGCAUAUACACGGUUAUCAACCACCUCAAUUUCUUUUGACAAUCAGAUCAUCACGAAAUACAAGACAGCCAACACGUAACAAUUCCAAUUCCAAUACCAGAACCAGAACCGCCAUAACCACAACCUCGGCACAUCAAGCCGCUCCCUCAUAGUAAUCCUCAUCGA